AUGGGCGAAGCAAUCAAGCGGGGAAUCCGCAUUGCCAUUGAUAAAUCUCAACUGCCACAGCGCGGAGGCACAUUUACCGAUUGCGUUGGCAAUCCCGGCACAGGCAAGAUGGAAGACGACGUCGUAAUGAAACUCCUCUCCGUCGACCCCCAGAACUACGACGAUGCACCUCUAGAAGGCAUCCGGCGCCUUUUGGCCAAAUUCACCGGCAAGGAAACACCCCGCGGACAACCGCUCGAUACCUCGCAGAUCGAGAGCAUACGUAUGGGAACGACGGUCGCGACGAAUGCCUUGCUGGAGAGAAAAGGAGAAGAUAUUGCGCUGGUGGUGACGAAGGGGUUCAAGGAUUGCUUGGAGAUUGGGAAUCAGUCUCGGCCGAACAUCUUCGCGCUGGAUAUCCGGAAACCGGAGGUCUUGUAUAAGAAGGUGGUUGAGAUCGAUGAGCGCGUGACGUUGGAGGACUAUGCCGAGGAUCCGGAAAGGAAGCAGACGAAGGCAGCGUCGAUUGAGGAGGCUGGACCCGAUGCGGAGCUCGUUCGGGGAUUGUCGGGGGAGACGGUGCGGAUAUUACAGAGGCCGAAGGAGGAGAGGAUAAGGGAACAGUUGCAGGAGGUGUACGAUUCUGGGCUGAGGAGUAUAGCUGUGUGCCUGAUGCACAGUUAUACAUACCCCAAUCAUGAGGCUUUGAUAGGGAAGAUUGCGAAAGAGAUCGGGUUUACGCAUGUCAGCCUGAGUUCCGAGCUGAUGCCAAUGAUCAAGCUGGUGCCGAGGGCGACGUCCGCGUGUGCAGAUGCAUAUCUCACUCCCGCCAUUCGCAAGUACAUUGACGGAUUCUCUAAGGGCUUUGAAGGCGGUCUUGGCACAAAGAGCUUGAAGCAUGAAGGCACUAAAGGUGCGAGAUGCGAAUUCAUGCAGUCCGACGGUGGUUUGGUAGACGUGGACAUUUUCUCCGGUCUUAAAGCAAUUCUAUCGGGUCCCGCUGGAGGUGUCGUAGGAUACGCGCUUACAUCCUACGACCCUGAGACGAAUAUUCCCGUCAUUGGAUUUGACAUGGGCGGCACCAGCACAGAUGUAAGCCGAUACGGCCAAGGAAGAUAUGAGCACGUCUUCGAGACGACCACUGCCGGUGUGACCAUUCAGUCGCCUCAGCUAGACAUCAACACCGUCGCCGCAGGAGGCGGAUCCCGGUUAUUCUGGAAGAACGGUCUCUUUGUGGUUGGGCCUGAAUCCGCGUCGGCACACCCAGGCCCAGCCUGUUACCGCAAAGGCGGUCCUCUGACGAUCACAGACGCCAAUCUCUUCCUUGGUAGGCUGCUGCCAGACUUCUUCCCCAAGAUCUUUGGCAAGUCGGAAAAUGAAGGCUUGGAUCCGGAAGCCAGCGAAAAGCUGUUCAGGGAGCUUGCCAAAGAAAUCAAUGAGGAUAUAUCGGGCGGUGAUAAAGAUAAGGAGAUGUCUCUCGACGAAGUGGCUUAUGGCUUCAUCAAGAUCGCGAAUGAGACGAUGACACGACCCAUUCGGAGCUUAACGGAGGCUCGCGGUCAUGACACGUCGAAGCAUCGACUCGCAACGUUCGGAGGCGCGGGAGGCCAGCACGCUGUGGCGAUAGCAGAAGCGUUGGGCAUCUCGCAGAUUUUGAUUCAUCGCUACUCCUCAGUCCUCUCCGCUUACGGCAUGGCUUUAGCUGAUGUUGUGGAUGAGCGACAGGAGCCAGAGUCCAAAGUAUGGUCGGAUGACAAAGAGGUCCGCGAGUACCUGCAGCAAAAGAUGGAGGAUCUCAAAGCCAAAUCUACUGCGACUUUGAAGGAGCAGGGCUUCAAUGAGAGCGAGAUCGUGUUUGAAGAAUACUUGAAUCUUCGCUAUCGCGGGACAGAGUCUGCUCUCAUGGUUCCUAAGCCUUCCAAAGAGGAGUAUGACGGCGAUGACUGGGCGUUCGGCAAGGCGUUCGUUAAGCAGCACGAGCAAGAGUUUGGCUUCACCUUGCCUGAUCGCGAUAUCAUCGUAGAUGAUGUCCGGGCUCGCGGCAUCGGCAAGACGUUCCACGGGUUGGAAAAGACUGUUGAUAAGCAACUGAAAGAGAUCAAGCCCAAGGAUCUUCCUAAAGGUGAAAAGCAGUAUGGCACUCGCCAAGUAUAUUUCGAGGGCGGCAGACAAAACACUGCCAUCUACAAGCUCGAAGAUCUGGCAGUUGGAGACCGCGUCAAGGGCCCUGCAAUCAUUGCCGAUGGGACACAGACCAUCGUCGUACCACCUGGAGCGUCCGCUCUUCUCAUCGAAACGCAUGUUGUCAUCAACAUUGGCGAGGGUGAUGGGCAGGAUAAGCAGAUCAGCACCAAGGAGGUGGACCCUAUUCUCCUGAGUAUCUUCGCUCAUCGCUUCAUGGCCAUUGCCGAACAGAUGGGCCGAGCGUUACAGAAGACCAGUGUUAGUACCAACGUCAAGGAGCGUCUAGACUACUCUUGCGCAUUGUUCGACUCGGAGGGUGGUCUAGUUGCAAAUGCACCGCAUCUACCCGUACAUCUCGGUAGCAUGUCUACAUGCGUAAGAAAACAGGCGUCAAUCUGGAAAGGAAAGCUGAAAAAGGGCGACGUGCUCGUGACCAACCACCCAAUGUUUGGCGGUACCCAUCUCCCCGACAUAACCGUCAUAACGCCUGCAUUCAGUGGAGACAAGAUCCUGUUCUAUGUUGCUUCUCGUGCUCAUCACGCUGACAUCGGUGGCAUCCUUCCCGGAUCCAUGCCUCCCCACUCCAAGGAACUGUUCCAAGAAGGCGCAGCUAUCAAGUCCGAGAAGCUAGUAUCCGAAGGUCACUUCAACGAACGGCGCAUCAUUGAGCUUCUCUAUGAGGAACCUGGCCAAUACCCAGGUUGCUCUGGAACGCGAUGCCUGAGUGACAACAUCAACGACCUGAAAGCGCAAGUGGCCGCCAACCAAAAAGGCAUCAACCUGAUCUCCACCCUAAUGUCCGACUACGGCGAGGAGGUCGUCAGGUUCUACAUGGCCAACAUCCAGGCCAACGCCGAACAAUCCGUCCGGCAACUCCUCAAAGAAGUGUACAAACGCUUCGAAGGGCAGGACCUCUCCGCAGUCGACUACAUGGACGACGGCUCCCCGAUCAAACUCAGAGUCACCAUCGACCCCGAGAAGGGCGAAGCCGUCUUCGACUUCUCCGGCACCGGCCCGCAAGUCUACGGCAACAUCAACGCCCCCGAAGCCGUCACCUACUCGGCCAUAAUCUACUGUCUCCGCUGCCUCAUCUCGGAAGACAUCCCCCUGAACCAAGGCUGCCUCGCCCCCAUCAAAGUCCGCAUUCCAAAGCGAUCCUUCCUCUCCCCAUCCGAAGGCGCCGCAGUCGUAGGCGGCAACGUCCUCACGUCUCAACGCGUCACCGACGUCGUCCUCAAAGCCUUCAAAGCCUGCGCCGCCUCGCAGGGCGAUACCAACAACCUCACCUUCGGCUUCGGCGGCACUUCCCCGGACGGCAAGGAGAUCCGAGGAUUCGGCUACUAUGAGACCAUCGCCGGCGGCUCUGGCGCCGGGCCCACGUGGAACGGCACCUCGGGCGUGCACACGCACAUGACCAACACGCGCAUCACCGACUCCGAGGUCUUCGAGCGGCGGUACCCGGUGCUGCUGCGCGAGUUUGGCCUCCGGACCGGCAGCGCGGGGCGCGGCGCGCAUAAUGGCGGCGAGGGCGUGGUCCGCGAUAUCGAGUUCCGCAUUCCGGUUCAAGUGUCGAUUCUGAGUGAGAGGCGCGUGUAUCAUCCGUAUGGAUUGGAGGGUGGGGGCGACGCUGCGUGCGGUCUCAAUAUCUGGGUGCGGAAAGUGGAUAGGAAGACGCUGGAUGUGAAUGCGGAUACGAAUCAACCGGCCGUUGGUGCGGAUGUGGAUGAGGACGCGCCCACUACGGGCGGGGAGAUUGAGGAGCUUGAGAGGAAAGAGAGGGAGAGUGCGAGAAGGAGUGGGGAAAAUGUGGAGUAUAGGUACAUCAACCUUGGGGCGAAGAAUACGGCGAGUAUGAAACCGGGGGAGAGGAUUAUUAUUUAUACGCCUGGUGGUGGGGCGUGGGGUGCGGCGGGAGAGGAGAGUAGGGUACGGGAGAGCAAGGAUCCGAAACAUUCGUGGAAGAUGGGGAGUGUGGCUUCGAGGCAGCUGACUGCUGAGGCCAGUGCGUAA